ACUUCAGCUUUUGUGCUCCUGAGAUGCUGCUCGGCCUGCUGUGUUCAUCCAGCUCCACACUUUGUUAUCUUAGGGUGGAUCGAUGCUCUCAGCUCUCGGCUGUGGGUUCUGGAGGAGCGGGUCGAUGCGCUCGGCUCUCGGCUGUGGGCGCUGGAGGAGCGGGUCGAUGCGCUCGGCGCUCGGCGCUGGAGGAACGGGUCGAUGCGCUCGGCUGUGGGCGCUGGAGGAGCGGGUCGAUGCGCUCGGGGCUCGGCGCUGGAGGAGCGGGUCGAUGCGCUCGGCACUCGGCGCUCGGCGCUGGAGGAGUGUUGCCCCGGAAGAUGGCGGAGACGAGCUCCAGGGGGGAGUGGAUCCUGGAGAGACUCGGAUCAGAGGGAGAGAGAGUGCAGCUGGAGGGCAGGCAGGGGGCAGAGGUGACCAUGGGCCGUGGCCUCGGGGUCACUCACCGCAUCCUGGCCAGGAGCUGCCCCCUGAUGGUUUCCCGCAAUCACUGCACCUUUCGCCUCACUUCAGAGGGACACUGCCUCGUCAUUGACAACCAGAGUCUGAACGGAGUGUGGGUGAAUGGACAGCGAAUUGAACCACAGCAGCCUCACCAGCUGAGUGACGGGGAUGUGAUCCAGCUGGGAGUGCCGUUACGGGAUAAGGAGCGAGCAGAGUAUGAGUAUCGACUAACUCGAAGGCACAGAGAGCAGGAAGAGCCAGCUUCCGGGAGCAUUCCUAGAGCCAAGGGGAAUGGGAGAGUGAAACGUAAACACAGCCAUGAAGAAGAGGUGGGGCCACCGGGUGCAGAGGGAGCUCAGAGUUGUAAAACCAAAAUUCAGCGACUCUCUCCGUCAGACUCUUCAGGCAGCUGCCCCGGCCGAGCGGGGCACAGACUCACAGCCGAGGGUACAUGCCCAGGCCCCAGCCGAAUGGGGCACAGACUCACAGCGGAGGGUACACAGCCAGGCCCCAGCCGAGAGGGGCACAGACUCACAGCCGAGGGUACACAGCCAGGCCCCAGCCGAGAGGGGCACAGACUCACAGCGGAGUGUAUACGCCCAGGCCCCAGCCGAGAGGGGCACAGACUCACAGCUGAGGGUACACGCCCAGGCCCCAGCCGAGAGGGGCACAGACUCACAGCUGAGGGUACACGCCCAGGCCCCAGCCGAGAGGGGCACAGACUCACAGCGGAGGGUACACAGCCAGGCCCCAGCCGAGAGGGGCACAGACUCACAGCGGAGUGUACACGCCCAGGCCCCAGCCGAGAGGGGCACAGACUCACAGCCGAGUGUACACAGCCAGGCCCCAGCCGAGAGGGGCACAGACUCACAGCGGAGUGUAUACGCCCAGGCCCCAGCCAGAUGAGAAGGGUAUCUACUCACUCUAGCCCAUCUGGGACACUGAGAACACUAUCACAGGUGCAGGCAGAGGUACUGUCAGUGCCCAGGGAAAAUGACAGUGACAGUGAGGAGCUGGGUGCCAAGGUUAAAGGGCAGCAGGCACUGCAGAGAAAGCUGUGCAGUGAAUGGCAGCUGAGUGAAACCCUUCCCACAGAGGAGCAGGAGCGAAAGGAGCUGGAGGCUGCCCUCAGGCGACAGAGGAAGGAGUUGGAGGACAUCAUUCGAGCCAAAGACAGAGAACUGGAAGAGAGCAAGGUGAAGGUUCAGAAGGACCAUGCAGCUGCCCAACUCACUGAUGUCCUGGAGAAUGAGCUGCAGUGUAUCAUCUGCUCUGAGCACUUCAUUGAGGCUGUCACUCUGAACUGUUCACAUAGUUUUUGCUGUCACUGUAUCCUGGAGUGGAGGAAGAGGAAGGAGGAAUGUCCUAUCUGUAGGCAGACCAUCCUUUCACAGACACGCUCUGUGGUCUUGGACAACUGUAUUGAACGGAUGCUGGAGAGUCUGAGUGAGGCGAUGAGAGCGCGCAGGCUACAGCUCAUCAAAGAGAGGAAAGCGUUGAAGGUGAAACCUCUCAGUGUUCCUGACAGUGAAAGCAGCUGUUGUGAUGACCUGAGUUCAACCCAGUCCGUCAGUACAUUGGACAGUUCCGAACUGGAGGAGCACAGUGACAUUGGUGACACUGAGGAUGAACCCAGUUAUUACAUCAUCUGACAUGCUGCUGGGAUAUUGGAUCGCGGGGAUCAACUGGGACCCAGUGGGGAAAUAGGAGGGUGAGCUGAGGUUCACUGGGGAAGGGGCAGUGAACUGGGACCCAGGUGAACAUGGUUACGGCUCUGUUUGAUUUUCUGCUGAGUGGCAGAGGAAGGGGUUUUGGAGAUGGGAGUACGGGUGACUGUUUAUUCAAGGAACUGCUGUGUUCUUAUCUCGGGUUCCAGAUGGUGACACUGGCAUUCGCUCUGUUCUGUGGUCAAAUAAAUGUUGGGUCUUGUACAA